UGGCUCGUAACUCAAAACCCCCUGCCGACCCUUUCCUGCCCUUCUUUCCCCCUUUUUAUAUACCUGCGCUCCCAUUUCCCGCCUGUCCUCUCCCGGGGUAUUUCGAAACCCUAGACCCCUAUCUCGUCUAGGGUUUCUACCAAGGCCCUAAAUCCAAGCUAGGGUUCUUUUUGAGAGGAAAUGGCGCUGAAGCAGAAGGGUGGGGAGAUCUCGGGGGACACCAAGAAGCGGAGACGCGUUGGUUUCGCCAAUAUCGAUACUGGAGUUGAGGCAAAUGAGUGCGUCAAAGUUUUUCUUGUAAAAAAGGAAGAUGAAGUGGGUAAAACAAGCAGCUAUUGUAUCGAUCUGGUUGACCUGAAUCAUUUUUUUGGUGAAGAUGGAAAGAUAUAUGGCUAUAAAGACUUAAAGAUCAACAUAUGGUUGAGUAUUGUAUCUUUUCAUGCAUAUGCUGAGAUUACAUACAAGAGCACACAAGAUGGAGGAAAAGGAAUUACAGACCUGAAACCUGCUCUUCAGAGCAUAUUUGGUGAAUCUUUGAUUGAGAAGGAAGAGUUUCUUCAAACAUUUUCAAAAGAAUGCCACUAUAUCAGAAAUAUUGUGUCAGAUGGAAAAGUCCUACAUUCUGAUUCCUUGAGGAAAGAUGAUCAAGCAUCCGACAUACACUUGGAUGCUGAGGGCCCUACCAUUGAGGUCAUUUGUACGGAACUGCACAACUUGCCUGUUGGUUUGCUUUAUAGUCGUCUGGUACCUCUUGUGCUGCUUCUUGUUGAAGGUGGCAGGCCAAUUGAUGUCACUGAUCCAAGAUGGGAGAUUUUUCUUGUUGUGAAAAAGAUGCAGGAUCCUUCAGGGGAUAGCAUUAUCGACUUACUAGGUUUUGCAACUGUUUAUCGCUUCUACCAUUAUCCUGACAGUACUCGCUUACGAAUUAGCCAGAUAUUAGUAUUGCCCCCUUAUCAGGGUCAAGGCCAUGGCCGUCGUCUUCUAGAGGCUGUGAAUUCUGUUGCAUUUUCUGAAAACAUAUAUGAUGUGACAGUCGAGGAGCCUUCUGACUACCUCCAGUAUCUCCGGUCCUGCAAUGACACCCUCCACCUGCUUGCUUUUGAGCCCAUAAAGCCAUCCAUCAGUUCGGUUGUCUCUUACCUGAAGGAAGGCAACCUAUCCAAGCGAACUUCCAAGUUGAGGUUCGCUCCACCAGCUAAUGUGAUGGAACUUGUGCGGCAAAAGCUAAAGAUCAACAAGAAGCAGUUCCGUAGGUGCUGGGAGGUCCUCAUCUAUCUAAACCUUGAUACCGAGAACCACAGGUGCAUGGAGAAUUUUAGGGCCUGCAUCUCCGACCGUGUGAAGGGUGAUAUCCUGGAUAAGAAUGCUGAGGCUAAUGGAAAAUGUCUGAUUGAGGUGCCGAAUGAUUAUGACCACGACAUGACUUUUGUCGUGUUCUGGUCGCAGGCCGGCGGGGAAUCAGAUGGCAUUGAUGGCAAGCUGGAGGGAGAUCCAGCAACCCAAGAGGAGCAGUUAAGUCAGUUGAUUGAUAAGGAAAUGGAAGAUAUUGCUGAGAUUGCGCAGAAGGUUUCUUUGCUUCACAAUUCCUAAUGUGAGAGACGGGGGCUGCUAGAGUCUCGUCUUCUCUUAUAGUCAAAAGUGAGCCUGACAUGAUGGUGGGUCUGUUUUUGUAAAUUAUAGCUGCAUCCCAUGUAUCAGUUAUGGGUUCUGUUUUUCGCAGUUGUUGUCAAACCUUUUUAAGGAACUGGAUGCAUGCCAUCAUAAACUCACUCACUCAAGUGACCUUUUCAACGAGUUUUGGUGUAUUUUUUUUGAA